UAGGCUGCUCGGCGCUGGUGUGUGCCCCGAGGGAGGAGCUGCGGCAUGGGGGGCAGCACAGCGCAGCGCAGCACAGCAGCAGGUGAGAUGGCUGCUGUCCCGUCCCAAGAGCUCCUUCACGAGUGCUUGGAUGCGACACUCAUGCCAUCUAGCUCUUGUCUCCGGGACAUUCUUGUCCCCCUCCCCCUUUCCGCCUUUUCCCCACCUCCUCCCCACUUCCGCCUCCCCUUUUCCCCACCCGCCUUCCACCCACCACCUCCCCCUUGCUGCCUACCGCCCUCCGCCUCCCCCUUGCCGCCCCCCGCCGUCUGAAUCCCCUCUUCUGCUGGCCAUGGCACAUGGCAUGCAGCAUCAGGCGGCGAUUCACCUGCCAUGUGUGAGUGUGACCCCGUCAGGUGGUGGGCCUGAACCCCGCCAUGGGCGUCGUCAUGCCAUGCAACAGAGACGUGCUCAUCUGCCCCCACCUUCUGCCUCGCCCCCUCUGCCUGCCCUCCUCCACCUCCCCCUCUGCCUGCCCUCCUCCACCUCCCCCUGUGCCACACGGGCGGUGUAUCUGGACCCCACCACGGACGUCUUCAUGAGCUAUGAGGGCCGCGCGGCAUCGCUGUGGGGCGAUGCCUAUCUGGCGGACGCCGAUGUGGUGGAGCAUGGCGGCCACGUGGCUCCCACCAGCGCUGACACCAAGAUGGUGAGGCAGGUCAGGGGGGGCAGCUGGCACAGGGUGCCCCUUGGCGUUUGCCUCAUUCUUAUUCACUUCUCCCCCUUCCCCUCCCCCAACACAGGUGCACUGAAGGUGGGCGCAGGCGGUGUGGAUGAAAGCUAUUCUGAGUCACACCAUGAAUUCGCUCCCCGCCCUUUCUCUUCCCCAAUGAAUGUGCACUGGUGGCGGGCGCAGGCGGUGUUUCUCUUAGCUAUUCUGAGUCAAACUAUUUAUCUGACCCCCACCCUUCCUCUCCCUCAGGUGCACUGGUGGCAGGCGCAGGCGGUGUGCAUGAAAGCUAAUCGGAGUCACACCAUGAAUUCGCACCCCACUCUCUCUCUUCCCCACUCAAGGUGCACUGGUGGCGCGCGUGGGGUGCCCGUUUGCGUUGGCCUGAUUCUUAUUCUGCCUUCCCCCUCGCCCCCUCCCUCAGGUGCACUGGUGGCGGGCGCAGGCGGUGCGCUUCAUGCUGAGGUGGCCAUCAGCCCAUCUCUGCCACGUCAUCAACCAACAGAGACACACCGCCUACGGCAUGCACGUCGCCAAUCGCAUCGCUUCCCUCCACUCCUCUCACUCCUCCUCUCACUCCACCAACCCCCCAUCCUCACCCCCCUCCUCUCAUCUCUCCUCACUCCAUGCCUUCUCACUCGCUCUCCAACACUACGAGUCGUGCGGUGGGAGUUGUGUUGCUUCCCGCUGUCGCUGCCCGCCUACAUGCUCCUUGCAUACCGCCUGCUCCGUGCUCUGGUGGACCUCCGACACGUGUGGCUCAACACUGAGGCACAGUCCCACACAUCAGUGCCGUCCGCUCCCCCCCCUCUCCCCUCCAUGGCACAGUCAGUGAUAAACGAGACGGCCCACUACCCCGACUGGCACUUCCUCUUCGCCACAAAUGCCCGCCAGCCGGCCGACUCGGAGCGCAAUCGCGAGUACGACGCCGCACAGUCCGUGGCUGCCAGCCUGGCGAGCGCGUUAAUCGCAGCGCAGUGCGACUCCUUUAUCGGGUCGCUGGGGUCCAACUGGAGCCGCCUCAUCAACGAGCUCCGAGCCACGGGCGGGCGGCUGUACAGUGGCUUCGUGGCCAUGAACCUGGGCGAGUGGUGA